CUCCGCUUGAUCACGUGAGCCGGUUCCAAGAUGGCGGCGGGGGUGGCCGGGUGGGGGGUUGAGGCAGAGGAGUUCGAAGAUGCCCCUGAUGUGGAGCCGCUGGAGCCCACGCUUAGCAACAUCAUCGAGCAGCGCAGCCUUAAGUGGAUCUUCGUCGGGGGCAAGGGUGGUGUUGGAAAGACCACCUGCAGCUGCAGCUUAGCAGUCCAGCUAUCCAAGGGGCGGGAGAGUGUUCUGAUCAUCUCCACUGACCCAGCCCACAACAUCUCCGAUGCAUUUGACCAGAAGUUCUCCAAGGUGCCUACCAAGGUCAAAGGCUAUGACAACCUCUUCGCCAUGGAGAUUGACCCCAGCCUGGGUGUGGCGGAGCUGCCGGACGAGUUCUUUGAGGAGGACAACAUGCUGAGCAUGGGCAAGAAGAUGAUGCAGGAAGCCAUGAGCGCCUUCCCAGGCAUCGACGAGGCCAUGAGCUAUGCAGAGGUCAUGAGGCUGGUGAAGGGCAUGAACUUCUCGGUGGUGGUGUUCGACACAGCGCCCACAGGCCACACGCUAAGACUGCUCAACUUCCCCACCAUCGUCGAGCGGGGACUAGGCCGCCUCAUGCAGAUCAAGAACCAGAUCAGCCCCUUCAUCUCACAGAUGUGCAACAUGCUGGGCCUCGGGGACAUGAACGCAGACCAGCUGGCCUCCAAGCUGGAGGAGACGCUGCCUGUCAUCCGCUCCGUCAGCGAGCAGUUCAAGGACCCUGAGCAAACCACCUUCAUCUGUGUGUGCAUUGCUGAGUUCCUGUCCCUGUAUGAAACGGAGCGGCUGAUCCAGGAGCUGGCCAAGUGCAAGAUCGACACGCACAACAUCAUCGUCAACCAACUCGUCUUCCCUGAUCCCGAGAAGCCCUGCAAGAUGUGUGAGGCCCGCCACAAGAUCCAGGCCAAGUACUUGGACCAGAUGGAGGACCUAUAUGAAGAUUUCCACAUUGUGAAGCUGCCACUGCUGCCCCAUGAGGUUCGGGGGGCGGACAAGGUCAACACCUUCUCUGCUCUUCUCCUGGAGCCCUACAAGCCCCCCAGUGCCCAGUAGCACCACCACCAGCCCCAGCUGCUGCCAUUUCACACUCACCCGCCACCCGCCGGGGCAGAGUUUGCACAAAGUUCCCCCAUAAUACAGGGGAACCACUCGGGGGAAGGGAGGCGGGGAGGGGGUCUUUUCCCCCUGGUGGGGCUGGGGGAGCUGUAGCUGCCCCCGCACCUCUCCCCGCCUCUCCUCCCUCAAUAAAAUGAUCUUAAACUAC